AUGGGAGGAGAGCAAUUUGAGCAGGAGGAAGAUGCACAAGGGCCAAUGGAGCUGUUGCAGAGUCUGAGAUCCAAAGCGACGGAGCUUCUUCUCCGGGAAGAAUGGGAUGAGUCUAUACAUGUUUACACCAAGUUCAUCGAUCUCUCCCGGAGCGAAAUCUCAAACCUUUCCGGAUCCGACCCGGACCCGGACCCGGAUUCGAUUCCCAAGCUCCGGAAAUCACUCUGCUUGGCUCUCUGCAAUCGCGCUGAGGCGAGAGCAAGGCUUCGCGAUUUCUCGGAAGCGAUGCGGGAUUGUGAUCGAGCACUGGAGAUCGAAACCACACAUUUCAAGACUCUUCUCUGCAAAGGUAAAGUUUUGCUCGGAUUAAGCAAAUACUCAUCGGCCUUGGAGUGUUUCAAAACGGCUCUGCUCGACCCGCAAGCGAGUGAUAACUUGGAGACUGUGACUGGGUACAUUGAGAAAUGCAAAAAGCUCGACUUUCAGGCAAAGACUGGAGCUUUCGAUCUUUCCGAUUGGAUCCUAAGUGGGUUUCGUGGGAGAUCGCCGGAGCUUGCCGAGUUUAUCGGAUCAAUUGAGAUUAAGAAAUCUGAGGUUAGUGGGCGUGGGUUGUUUGCAACGAAGAGCAUUGUUGCAGGAGCUUUGAUCUUAGUGACAAAGGCUGUUGCAACAGAGAGAGGGAUCUUGGGAAGUGGAGAGUCUGGUGAGAAAGCGCAAUUGAUCAUGUGGAAGAAUUUCAUCGAAGAGGUUGCUGAAUCCGUGAGGAAAUGUGAUAGAACACGUCGACUUGUCUUGGCUUUAUCCACUGGACAAGACGAAGACAGUUUGGAGAUUCCAGAGAUAUCUCUCUUUAGGCCUGAAGAAGCAUUUGAAAGCUCGAAACAGAGUUUGGAUACAGAGAAGCUACUAAGUAUUCUGGAUGUGAAUUCUCUUGUGGAAGAUGCGGUUUCAGGUAAAGUUAUGGGGAAGAACAGAGACUAUUACGGUGUGGGGCUAUGGACUCUAGCUUCGUUCAUCAACCACUCGUGUAUUCCAAACGCAAGACGCCUUCACGUUGGAGACUAUGUCAUUGUUCAUGCCUCAAGAGACGUCAAGGCCGGGGAAGAGAUUACUUUUGCUUACUUCGAUGUGCUUUCUUCUCCAUUGGAGAAGCGGAGAGAGAUGGCUGAGUCAUGGGGGUUUCGUUGCGGAUGCAGUAGAUGCAAGUUUGAGAGUGUCUUGAAUGUUAGUAACCAAGAGAUUAGAGAGAUAGAAAUGGGUUUAGAGAGAGGAGUGGAUGCAGGAAACGCGGUUUAUAUGGUGGAGGAAGGAAUGAAGAGAUGGAAGGUUAAAGGGAAAGAUAAAGGGUUGUUGAGAGCGUCUUAUUGGGGAGUUUAUGAUGAGGUUUAUAACUCGGAGAGGCUUAUGAAGAGGUGGGGAAGGAAGAUUCCGUUAAUGGAGGUUGUUGUUGACAGUGUCUGUGAUGUCAUUGGAAGUGAUGAGAGGUUGAUGAAGAUGGUUGUUGAAGGGAUGAUGAAGAAGAAGAAGAACAAUGGAGGUUGUAGUAAUGUUGCAGAGAUGGAGAGAAUAAUGAAGCUAGGAAAAGGUGUUUAUGGCAAAGUGGUAUCAAAGAAGAAGGCAAUGAAGACUCUUCUUGGCUUAGAAUAA